UCCAGAAGGAAGUUACCAGCAGAUACAGGUGGUGGACACAUCUGUGACAAAAGAGGCAUUAGACACGACGGACACGCACAUAAAAGACAGUGAUGCCCUUCUGGUCCUCUACUCUGUUGACAAACGAAAGUCUUUGAAGAAGGCCAUCAGGAUAUGUCGUCAUGUUUUACAAAUUAAAGAUUCGACAGAUACCCCGUUAUUUCUGGUAGGCAACAAGUCCGACCUAAAAUGCGGAUGGGGGAUGAACAAAGAAAAGGUUAACAAAUUUAUCCAAAAUCGUGUUUGUUGCUUUCACAUGCAAAGUAGUGCCAAAACAAGCCAAAACGUCAGGUUGAUAUUUGACUCAGUAAUAGAACAUACCCUGAUCAAAGCAGUGAAAGAUGCCAUGUCUUCCCAGCGGCGAAAUACUCAUGUUUCACUGUGCGCUGUAAAUGGAGACCAUCGCCCUCCGGCUAGAAUUUCAAAGAACUCACUGGAGAGUACCAUGGGUUCUGACGGGGAUUCUGAGAAAAGAUAUAGUUUCUUACGGUCGAAACCCUCUCUUGAGCACGUGACACAUCCUCCAUGUCCCAUUCGUGAAGACAGUAUGAAGUCACAAGGCGACAGUUUGAUUUCUACCAGGAAAUCAUCCAGUCACAAGUCCCCAGUGACGGUUAUGAACACCCAGGCCGUGGAGGGUAAAUCUUCAUUUUCAUCAUCUGAAAGAAGAAGAACCAGCAAACGGUCACCUCCUUCCGUCUCAGAUCUCGAUAAGCUGAGGAGGACGUCGACAACUGCGGCGAUCGUACAACCCAGGAAGUCACGCGGGUCCAUGACGAUUCACGCUGACAAUAAUAUGGUAAUGUCAAGUCCCCAUCCCCACGAGGUACAUGUCGGUGUAGACACAAGCUUUUGCGUUACUCGGGUCCUUGAAACUAGGCACAUUUGCAGUGGAAGCUCAGAGUCGUCGGCCCUCGGGGAAGGAGACAACACAAAUGGGAGACGUAGAAAAAUCGGCAUGUCUCUCCACUCUAUCCAGGACCGACACGUGGAAGUUAUUCGGCAUCUGUUUUGCGUCUGUUGGGGUAGAAAUUAAGAAGAAUGGACAGAAGAAACAAUGUAGCAUCAUGUUGCCAAGGUUUACAUUUGUAGGGAGAUAAAUGGUGAAACAGGCCGUGUUGAUUUAGGUUUUAGAACAAACCAACGAACACGGUUUGGUGCACCCCAAUGAUAUCCUGAUGGUCUAAGGGAGGUAACCCAUCCUGUGGCUGCUACUUGUUCACCGAAGUGGUAAAAGUCAAAGACAGGAGCACGGGUGUGGUGCUGAGAACCCAAGAAACAUGAUCGCAGCGAAACGGGAAUCGAACACACAAUCACGGAUUCCUGGCGUGCCCAAGGGACGCAAUUCUGUACAGUGAAUUCUUUCGCCUUUGACGACUGGGCCACCCGUACCCCUUUUUGUUUUGAAAAGACACUUUAUCAGUUUGUGUGACAUCGACCCUUAUGUAUUUAAAAUUUGUGAAAACACUCUUGGCUUUUAAGAAUAUAUUUUGAAGACAAUGUAUCUGUAACCUGUCUUUGAGACUUUAUUGACUUUUAAUGUGGUUUACAUAACUGACAUUGAGUUGGAUGUUUUGAUGUGAUAUUAUGCCCUAUGUGAUAAGUCCACACUGGCUUGACCUUCCCAACUGUAUGUAUCUGUAGAACAGUGAUCGAUUUCUAUCAUUAACUUGAU